GCGGCGGGCUGCGGCGGGGCAGGCUGGGAGCUGUAGUCCUGCCCGGCGCGGUGGCUGCGGGGAAGGCGGCGAGGGCUGAGCCUCGGCUUUGCAUAACGGGCACCGCUUCCGAGCGGGCGGGACGGCGGCGCCGCGCUUCCUCCUGCCGCUGCCCGGCCCCGGCACAGGCGGCAGCAGCAUCCCGCGGCACGGCCCCGCUCCCGCUCCCGCUCCGCUGCGGCCACAGCCGGUGCUCCUCGGGGAGGAGAAGAUCAUUCAAAGAGCCCAGAGAUGCCUUGGCCGAGCAGGAAGAGAGACAAAGGAGCAGCAGCAGAUAAAAAAGAGCCUGCUGCUAAAGUGGCCAAAACUGAGGAGGAGGAGGAGGAGGAGGCUUCGGAGAAGGAGGAAGAAGAGAAGUCCACAAAACCUCCAGCUGGGGGUUCCAAGUCAGGAUGGAAGAACUGGAAGAAGACAAAGGAGUCUGACUCUGGUGGGGAGGAAAGCAAGAUAACAUAUUGCCACUGGCUGCUGAAGUCAGAACCAGAGAGCAGGCUGGAGAAGGGAGUGGAUGUGAAAUUCAGCAUUGAUGACUUGAAAGCACAGCCCAAUCAGACAACCUUUUGGGAUGGAGUAAGGAACUAUCAGGCAAGGAAUUUCCUGAGAGCCAUGAAGCUUGGGCAGCAGGCCUUCUUCUACCACAGCAACUGUAAAGAGCCUGGCAUUGUUGGCAUUGUCAAGGUUGUAAAGGAGGCAUACCCUGACCACACCCAGUUUGAUGAGAAGGAUCCUCACUAUGAUGCCACCAGCAGAAAAGAGAACCCCAAAUGGUCCAUGGUGGAUGUGCAGUUCGUGCGGAUGACGAAACGUUUCCUGCCCCUGGCGGAGCUGAAGGCUCACCACCUGGCACACAGGGCAGGGGGAGGGCCCCUCAAGGACAUGAUGCUCUUCACCAGGCAACGGCUCUCCAUCCAGCCACUCACUCCAGAGGAAUUUGAUUUUGUAUUGAGCCUGGAAGAGGAAAAGCCACAAUAGGAAACUGAGAGCAGCACAGCUUCUGCCCAGCCUGCUGAUGCCACCUGCCUAGCCCAGCUGUAACCCUCAAGUCCCCUGGCUGAAUCACAGCAACCAGACCCUGCCUGCACACAGCCUGGAGCCCUUCUCCUGACACACUCUUAGUUCUGCUGGUUUUUCAA